GCUGCCGGCUCCUGGGGGCGACCCGGGGCGGCGGGUCUGCGGGCGGCUCCGCGCUGCACCCCGGCUCCGGCCCGGCAUGAACCGCUACCUCCUGCCGCUGUCCGUGCUGGGCACGGUGGCGGGCAGCGCCGUGCUGCUCAAGGACUAUGUCGCCGGCGGGGCCUGUCCCAGCAAGGCCACCAUUCCCAGGAAGACCGUCAUUGUGACGGGCGCCAACACCGGCAUCGGGAAGCAGACCGCCUUGGAGCUGGCCAAAAGAGGGGGCAACAUCAUCCUGGCCUGUCGAGACAUGGAGAAGUGCGAGGCGGCGGCAAAGGACAUUCGCAGGGAGACCCUUAAUCACCACGUCAACGCGAGGCACCUGGACUUGGCCUCCCUCAAGUCCAUCCGAGAGUUUGCAGCGAAGAUCAUUGAAGAGGAGGACCAACUGCACGUCUUGGUCAACAACGCGGCCGUGAUGCGGUGCCCCCACUGGACCACCGAGGACGGCUUCGAGAUGCAGUUUGGAGUUAACUACAUGGGUCACUUUCUUUUGACAAACUUACUGCUGGACAAGCUGAAAGCCUCGGCGCCUUCGCGGAUCAUUAACCUCUCGUCCUUGGCCCACGUUGCUGGGCACAUAGACUUUGAUGACUUGAACUGGGAGAAGAGGAAGUACGACACCAAAGCAGCCUACUGCCAGAGUAAGCUGGCCAUUGUCCUCUUCACUAAGGAGCUGAGCCGGCAGCUGCAAGGCACUGGUGUGACCGUCAACGCUCUGCACCCCGGUGUGGCCAGGACAGAGCUGGGCAGACACACAGGCAUGCACAGCUCUACCUUUUCCAGCUUCAUGCUCGGGCCCAUCUUCUGGCUGCUGGUCAAGAGCCCCCAGCUGGCGGCCCAGCCCAGCACCUACCUGGCUGUGGCAGAAGAAUUGGAGGGUGUUUCUGGAAAGUACUUUGAUGGACUCAAAGAGAAGGCUCCAGCCCCUGAGGCUGAGGACGAGGAGGUCGCCCGGAGGCUUUGGGCUGAAAGUGCACACCUGGUGGGCUUGGAGAUGUCCCAGGGGCCCUCUGUGAAGGUACAGCCUCUCCCCAAAUAACCUCUGAGAGCAAAUGUAAAGCCAGCAGGGAGGUGGAGUCGUCAGGCUGGAACAGCAAGACCAAGGCUGGCUGCCAUGCCCACAUCACUCUCUAGGUGACAGUAUUGGCCAAGGAAAGCUGGCUGCCAUGUCCUCAUCAUCCUCUGGGUGGCAGUAUUGGCAAUGUAUGAGCCUCAAGUCCAAAAAACACUGGCUGUCACACCUGCAGCGCCCUCUAGGUGUCAGUAUUGGCACUGUAUGAGCCUCAAGAUCAAGGAACCUGGUUGCCAUGCUCAUGUCACCCUCUAGGUGGCAGUCUUGGCCAAGGAAUGCUGGCUGCCAUGCCCACGUCACCCUCUAGGUGGCAGUCUUGGGCAAGGAAUGCUGCCUGCCAUGCUCACAUCACCGUCUAGGUGGCAGUAUUGGCAGGAUAUGAGCCUCAAGACCGAGGACUGCUGGCUGUCACACCUGCAGCACCCUCUAAGUGGCAGUAUUGGCUCCUUUUCUCUUUCUUUCUUUUCUGGCCACAGUGGAUUGGACUGCAGUUGGGCAUCUGACCCGGGGGCUGGCAGGUACAGUGUCCUCUGCUGCCAACAGGUGAGCUGGGCCAGCAGAUGCCUCCCUUGGGAAUCUAAAUUGGGGACUGCCCAGGGAGGAGUCAGCUCCCUUCUGGUGUGGGCUAUGUCAGGAGAGCCACUGGCGGCCGUGGUGGGGGACUGUAUGGCCCAUGGGCAAGCUGUCUGACAGACACAGUUGAGGUCGUGGCUCCCUGUGGGACCUUGUACACCUCUAGUCUCCUCUCUGAGCCUUGGUUUCUCCAACUAUGAAAUGUGGAGAAUAACUUGACUACCUCAUAGGAUCCAGUUAUUGCCUGGCUCGGUGAGUGGCAGCUGCAAAUUCCUUGCCAGUGAAUAUUUGCUGAGGAUCUUUCAUGUGCCAGACUGGUGAGGUGCUGGGGAUACCCCGGAGAACUGGCCGGCACAGAUCUGGCGUUGUUGUCUCCGAGUCAUGGUUGGGACAGCAUGGAGUGAAAAACACACCAGCUGCUGCUGCUGAGGACCCAGGAUGCCUGGGGUCACGACCUUCCCUCUGAUUCCUGUGGUAAUUUAAACACUAGACUCUCCAACUUGCUCUUUAAUGGUAAGAAUAAAACAUCUUGUUGA